GUUAUUAGUUAUUAUUGUAGAUUAAUCAUCCUGCUAACUUCCCCCGCUCCGUCAACCUCCAAUCGACACGCUGCACGAGUUCACCGCAAUGCAGAACGCAUAAAAGACAUCCGCCGCCCGCCUGGAAUUGCUCAACCGUCUAUCUUGACAGCCCCCUGGUUGCCCGUCUGGUUUCGAGAACAAAGUGGGCUCAAUUGUCCUUCUCUUUGGUUCCGCCUUCACGUCAUUCCACUCCAGUCUACUACUGAGUAGUAGUUACCAGCUGUCCCGCACGCACUCGGUGAGGCGCUCAUCUUGACACGGCUGCGCUGCUACACAGACGCUAUACCAACCGAAAAAAAAAAAAAAAAAAAAGACGAGCUGAGCGGUGUUGCUCCACGGAUAAAAGAAAAGAGAACUCCUCCGCCAUGGAGGACUCAUCGCUUCGCCAUAGCAUCACCCUCCAUCCGCACCCCUUCCAUCUCCAUCCCAAUCGCACCGACACGCCCACGCCGUCCAGGAUGUCGCUGCCGUACCACGAAGCCACCAGUACGGGUGUCGAGCCUGUGGACAUAACUCAUUACCAGCAUCGAACGCACAGCGCCGACGAAGAAAGCCAGCCUCCCCCGCAGUACACGCCGGAGAAUGAUCCGUUUCAGCUAUCGUCAAAGUUGAAGUCGGCCGAGGAGAUCCGUGAGAUCAAGGCCAACACGUCGCGGAAGCGAGACUGCGCCCCGUCUCUCAUGAAAAGGACUGCAGACGCCGUCACGUCCAGGAGACUGCAGGGAUUUUACGAAUCUCAGAAUGAGAGCAUUCAGCGGAUGCUGAAGCCCGUCGAAGAACAUGUCCGGGAUGCCCGCGAAUUCACCUCCCAGAACCAGCUCAAAUACAAGAUUGCCGUCUGGGGCAGUUUUGCUGCCAAUGUUAUCCUCUCGAUUGUUCAGAUCUACGGAGCCGUCUCGUCGGGAUCGCUCUCGCUCUUCACCACCAUGGCGGAUGCCAUCUUCGACCCAAUGUCCAACCUGACGCUACUCCUCUGCAACAAGGCGGUUACCAAGGUCGACCCGCGCAAGUUUCCUGCAGGCAAGGCGCGCAUCGAGACUGCUGGUAACAUCUGCUUUUGCUUUCUCAUGACCUCUGUGUCGUUUAUCCUGAUCGCUCUCUCUGCUCGCGAACUCAAGGCGGGCAGCAGUGACGAGACUACCGAAUUCCAUCUGCCCUCCGUCGUCGCUGUUGCGGUCGCGUUCGCCACCAAAUUCGUCUUAUUCCUUUACUGCUGGGCUAUGCGCAACCAAGUCUCCCAGAUUCGGAUCCUCUGGGAAGACCACCGCAACGACUUGUUUAUCAACGGAUUCGGUAUCCUGACCUCGGUCGGUGGCAGUAAGCUCCGCUGGUGGAUUGAUCCGAUGGGAGCCGUCAUCCUGUCGGUUCUGAUCUCAGCGCUGUGGCUGCACACUGCUUAUUCGGAGUUCCAGCUGCUGAUCGGAGUUACAGCCGAUAUUCAGACACAGCAACUGAUCACGUAUAUCUCUAUGACCCACUCUCCACUGAUCACGGCCAUUGACACUGUGCGUGCUUACACGUCGGGUCCCCGUCUGCUUGUCGAAGUCGACAUUGUCAUGGAGCCCAACGAGAGUCUCCAGGCGACGCACGACGUCGCGGAGGAGCUCCAGAUGAAACUGGAGUCGCUCCCAGACGUGGAACGCGCCUAUGUCCAUGUGGACUACGAGACGACGCACAAGCCUGAGCAUUUCCUGAAAAAGGAGCUGUAAUUGGAACUAUACUGUGAUAUCCUGAUACCCCAACUUUGUGCCCACGAUAAGUGGCUCUGAGUGAUGACCAUGACUUUUACUUCCUUAUUCGGCGCAUGCGGUUAGCCUGCAGAUUAUAUGCUAUCAAACUGCUGUGGAGUAUUUUUAAACCGAUUCAUGCCGAAUAUUUCUCCAAUCUGGGCGGCAUAGGAAUCAAAUUUUGACAGACUGCAUUCAUAUGACAGCCACAGUACUUGUAAUAUGUAUGAGAAUAGAAUAAUACCGUACGUGGGAGAGAAUCAAUUCCAUUAUUUUAAAGCCGC